UUGAAGAUGCCGAGGUGUUCAUGUCAGUGGUGGUACCGGCGUACAACGAGGAGCAGCGGCUGGGAGGCAUGUUGGAGGAGGCCGUCGAGUUCCUGCAGCGCGAGUACGGCGAUGCGCACGGCGCGGAGGUGGAGGCGCAGUCGCCGUCGGUGACGGCCAAGUCGCUGAACGAAGAGCAGCACGUCUUGAACGGCGAGGCGCGGGGCGACAAGGUCACUAGGAAGGGCUCGGGGUGGGAGAUACUCAUCGUGUCGGACGGGUCGAGCGACAAGACCGAGGAGUACGCCCUCGAGUUUGCGCGGCAUCACCAGCUCUCGCAGUACCCUACGCCGGUGCCGGGCCCGUGGAAGGCGAAGCCGGGACCGACACACAUCCCGCACGGCUGCAUUAGGGUCAUCCGGCUGGAGCAGAAUAGGGGCAAGGGCGGCGCCGUCACGCACGGCAUGCGCCACGCCCGCGGCCAGUACGUCGUCUUCGCCGACGCCGACGGCGCGAGCGAAAUCACGGAUCUGAAGAAGCUAGUCGAGGGGUGCCAGCUGGUCGAGGACGAGUUUGGGCGCGGCGUGGGCAUUGGGUCGCGGGCGCACCUCGUGGGCAGCGAGGCGGUUGUUAAGCGAUCUAUGCUCCGCAACUUCCUCAUGCACUCGUUCCACCUGCUGCUGCGGCUCAUGACACCGCCCAAGACGUCGGCCAUCAAGGACACACAGUGCGGGUUCAAGCUGUUCUCGCGCGCGGCGCUGCCAUACAUUGUGCCGUACAUGCACAGUGAGGGGUGGAUCUUCGACGUGGAGAUGCUGAUGCUGGCCGAGAGCGCGGCGAUCCCCAUGGCCGAGGUGGCCGUUGGGUGGAAGGAGGUCAUGGGCAGCAAGCUGAACGUCGUGUGGGACAGUCUGGGCAUGGCCUGGGGGCUGGCGGUGCUUCGGGCGAGCUGGAUGGUUGGGGUUUAUAGACGGUAGAUAGAUCGGAUGUCGGCUUAACUAAUGCGAUGCAUCUGAGUGGC